UUCGGCGCACAUCGGAACGAGUGAGGCCCCGAAGCAGAGGGGGCUGUACUGGGUCGGGAGCGGCCAACGCGCGCCGCUGGUGGCGGCGAGGGCCUGCGAGAAGUGCUUCACGGCGCGGCUCAGAAGCCGGGUUUCCCGCCGCGCGCUGUGCCAUUGGCGCACGCGGUGCCGACUGGCUCGGACGCACGCUCCGAAGCCUCGACGCGCUCCGGCGUCGCUGGAGCCGACGUGUUGACGAGCAGCGCUGUCUGUUGGUGCUGCUGUUUGCUCGCGAUGGAGGAGUGAAGGCGCUUAAAUCUGAAAGGCAAAGAAAUCGUGACACAUCGUCACUCACGACUGGCGCCCUUGGCACUGAACGCUUCCUGUCACCGAACAUUGCGUACCCCAACUGUUUGGACUGGGGUUUAGUGAGCGUUUGGUCUGCCUCGCUGUUCGAGCUUUCUUCACGUUGGGGAACACCGCUCACGUGAACGCCUGCACUCAGCUGAACAUGGCUUGGGCUUCUUUCAAUCGGAACGACUUUUUUCUGACAAGUGUCUGGACUAUCUGCUGCUGAGUUCUCCCGACUUACAGCCCUGACCACCACCAUCCGCCCACUGACCACCACCUACCUCUCCGUGGUUUGGCCUCGAGAUAUUGCGGAUGACUCGAAAGAAGUGGUUUUACGUCGAUGCUCCUUUCGUCGCUUGCGGAGAUGCCUAGAGGCUGCAAUCCCGCUGAUACUUCGGCGGUCGUCAGUUGAAGUAUCUCAAACAACUUGACUGCAAGGACAUGAAACCACUGGCGCUGGGAGCAAGUCAAGCCCUGCUGACAGCUGUGAUCUACGCCAGCCUGACGGUGGUGACAACAGCCUCACCGGGCUCGGGAGGUUCGGGAGCCAACAACGUCGAACCACCAGAGAAGGUGGUGAAUCCCGGCGAGAGUCUGAGCAUUCCCUGCUUCCUGGAGACACCUGGCGGCAGCGUGCAGUGGAUGCGUAAUGGCCACCCCGUUGUGCUUGAUGUUGGCUCGGGUGGCGCCGGUGGAGUCAGCCGUCGCCAGUGGAAUAUCUCUCGGGACGGCACUGCCGCACUCACCAUCACGCAGGUUACACGCGCCGACGAUGGCUUGUGGGAGUGUCGAGAGUUUGGCGACGACGACUCCGUCAGGAGGGUCACGAAAGUGCUCAAACUGGUGGUCACAGGCGCCCCUGAGGAACCGUUUCUCACUCUGGGAGGCGAGCGAUUACGAGAGGGCUCCCGCGUCACCGUCCAAGAGCGCGAGGAGGUAGAGGUAGGCUGCGUGGCGCGCCGUGCCGUGCCCGCAGUGCGGCACAUGCACUGGAUGCUGGGAGAGACCAACAUGACCGGGGCCAGUCAGCUGUUCGUGGAGUUCUCCCCCCAGGAAGACUCGUACACCACGCGCAGUGUGCUCAGCCUCAACGCAUCGCGGGACCUGCAUGGACUCCAGCUGUCCUGCCACGUGUACCACGUGUCGUGGCCAACAUCCACGGCCGUGGCCGCCUCGCUAGAUGUUCUCUAUGUGCCGUCCUUCUCAAUCUCCCGGGAGCCGGGCUUCGGUUUCCCGAUUCUGGAGAAGAUGCCUGUGUCGCUGCAUUGCGCUGUGGACGCCAACCCGCCAUGCACGCCCCGCUGGCUAAAGGACGACGGGCCGCCUCCCGUGCCUCAGAGUCCGGACGGAUACCUCAACUUCUCAGCCAUUGAGCGGCAGCACGCCGGCUGGUACCGCUGCGCCGCUGUCCAUCGCCUAGGAACGUUUGCCUCAUUCGGAUAUUUCCUCAAUGUGCGAUAUGGUCCUGAGAUUGUCGAUCAGCCACCGUCGAAGGUGUCGGCCGACUUCGGCGAGCCCGUGCAGCUGGACUGCAAGGCCGACGGCAAGCCGCCACCGUCCUACUGCUGGACGCGGGUGCGAUCGGGUCGGCUCGAGAGCAUGGCCUCCGAGAGCUCUCUCCUGCUAGACCCGGUGCUGUACUCGGAUGCCGGCAGCUACCAGUGCACGGCAACAAACCACAUGGGCUGGAAAGAGGAGCGAGCCCGCACACGGGACAUCCUGCUCACCAUCUCAGGGCGGCCUGACGUCAAAGCACUGAACAAAACCCUGAUGGCAAUCGUGGGGAAACCAGUGAGGAUCUCUGUUCUGGUUUGUGCCAACCCACCGCCUACACGAGCUUAUUGGAUUGUGAGACGCCUGCUACUCAGUCCCGGGGAAGCAGCUCUCACGCAUUACGUUGCCCAUAACUACAGUAGUGCCGACACGCCAUUUUGCAGGAUCACAUCCCUGGAGAUUAGGUCGGUUCACCCUGAAGAUGCCGGAGAAAUAUUGUUUGUUGCCAGGAACUCCAAAGGCAUUGACGACGCUACUAUCAUCCUCAACGUUACACAUCAGGCUGGCUUCUCCUUCACUGAAGAGAACUCCUUCGCAGGGAAGCUAGACGUUAACUGGAUGUUGACAACGUGGUUGAGCGUAGCUGUGGCCUUCUCCGACAGACUAAGGCGGGGCGCAAGCUGACAUACAUAUUAAGGAGCACUUGAACCACGUGUGAGCACAUGAACGUCCCACAGGCACCACAUGAGGUGUACCUGUACCUGCCACAAAGACACUGUGUAACAGCUGUGCAGGGAAGAGCAACGCCAGGCCUUCUUCAGCCAAGCGGGUCCCACAAGCGAGCACGUCGUCGCCAACUUGCACGGGCUGAGCGUCCAUUCACUGGCAGCACAAUACCACAGACAAAGUCAAUGUUUCUAUAAGCGUCGUGCCGAGGAGGAAUAAAAUUGUGAUAAUCCUCCACACUAUAUUGUACAUGAUGAAAAUGUUGUGGCUUUUGUGUUGAAGAUGUUUAUUAACAUGUAAAAAAAUGUUAAAAAAUAAAGUAGAGGUGAUAUUCACAAUCAA